AUGUACACAAAAAGCAAACAGGCCUGCAAGCUAUGGGUACGCCAGCAAAUCAAGCAACUGCUAGACCAGAGCCCUUUCGAAGAAAACAGGUCCGUCUCCAGUACCGUAACAGGGCAAACGACCGUACCAAUACACGAGAAGCCCGUCUCAUUCGUUCCUGAUUAUUAUGUUCAGGGCGCUGGACUUCUUCGCGGGAGAGUGAAGUGCAGAGACAAUAAACAAGUGGGAAAGUGGAGUUCGGACACAAACCAAGACGACUCUCAGCCUUGCAUCUUCCUUUCAUCUUGA